CAAAACACCCCGAAAGGGUCUUUAGGAGCUUAAAACUAUCUCCACCCGCUUGGAGGACUCACUUGCCGUCUGCAUCUGGCCUUGUGCUUGGCCUCUGUCCGGCUUGGGGUCGGCUUUCUCCUUCUGUUUUAAGGCACCUUUUCCUCCUGCAUUCUUUCACUGCUGAGCGGCACCCACCCAACCUCCCCCCACCAUGGAAGCCAUCAAGAAGAAGAUGCAGAUGCUGAAGCUGGAUAAGGAGAAUGCCAUCGACAGAGCCGAACAGGCUGAGGCGGACAAGAAGGCAGCCGAGGACAAGUGCAAACAGGUGGAGGAGGAGCUGAUAACGCUGCAGAAGAAGCUGAAAGCGACUGAAGACGAGCUGGAUAAAUACUCAGAGGACCUGAAAGAUGCUCAAGAGAAACUGGAAGAGACGGAGAAGAAAGCCACUGACGCUGAGGGCGAUGUGGCAGCUCUGAAUCGCCGUAUCCAGUUAGUCGAAGAGGAGUUGGAUCGUGCUCAAGAACGGCUGGCCACAGCCCUGCAGAAGCUGGAGGAGGCAGAGAAGGCAGCAGAUGAAAGCGAGAGAGGAAUGAAGGUGAUUGAAAACCGGGCAAUGAAGGAUGAAGAGAAAAUGGAAAUUCAGGAGAUGCAGCUGAAAGAGGCUAAGCACAUUGCUGAGGAGGCUGACCGCAAAUAUGAGGAGGUGGCUCGUAAAUUGGUCAUCCUGGAGGGUGAGCUAGAGCGUGCAGAAGAGCGGGCUGAGGUGUCAGAAGUAAAAUGUGGUGACCUGGAAGAGGAACUUAAAAAUGUAACUAACAAUCUGAAAUCCCUUGAGGCUGCAUCUGAAAAGUACUCUGAGAAAGAGGAUAAAUAUGAAGAAGAAAUCAAGCUUUUGUCUGACAAACUUAAAGAGGCUGAGACUCGUGCUGAGUUUGCAGAAAGAACAGUUGCCAAACUGGAGAAGACUAUUGAUGAUCUGGAAGAAAAACUUGCCCAAGCCAAAGAAGAGAACGUGGGAUUACAUCAGACACUGGAUCAAACAUUAAACGAACUCAAUUGUAUAUAAGCCAACAGGAAGACUCUCAACAGAAACUCAAGAACUCUCUGUCAUUCCCUUCUCUUCUACCAAAUGUCUUCUAUUAUUGCAUUUUCUUUUUCCUGGAAAUGUCAAAUUAUGAACAUGUGACCAAAUAUUUGCUAUCAGAGAGGCUAUGGCCACCAGUUAAAUCUAAUUCUUUCUCGCACAUGCACACAAUAGCAUCUAGUCAGCUUUAUUUUUAACCUUAAAUUGCAUUUCUUUCUUAGGUAGGCAGGGGUAUUUAACAUAGUACAAACCCUCCAAGAUUGAGGGCAUUAUAUUACUGUAAAAAUGUGGAAACUAUCAGCGUUUGUAAAACGGCACCAUUCUUUCCCCAUUGGCAGAGAGAGAGUUCACUGGGGUACCUGGUCACAUUUGGGUGGAUUUACGAACCAUGGCUAAGAAAUACAAGCAUUCUGGGCCAUCCUGAGUCAAUACACAGCAAGGCCAAAACCAUCUCAUGAAGUGGGUGGAGACUAUCCAGUGAUCAACUAGCAGUCAUAAAACGCCUAAUCCUGUUGGCCUUUGUCCAUGCUCCACUGUCCAAUGCAAACAUCCAGUGAACAGUCACUGUGAGAAUGCUAAAUAAAUAAGCCGGCCGUCUUCUUGAUUCAUGCUUAACGAAAGCUCAUUCUACCACUCUGACUCUGAGUAGAAGCUGAAAGUCUCCUUCCAAAUCAUGAAAAAUGUUUGCCUGCUCGUUACAGAAGCCUGCACAGCUAAGCAGUUAUACAGGAGGGGUAUGGCAGCCUGUCAUGGUUAUGAUUAAAUGAUUGUUAAAUGAUUUUACUGCAUUCCAUCUGUAAUUUAAAUAAUCUUAAAAAUGAUACUGGAAAUAGCUUCAUUAUUAGGAUGCUAGUUUCUUAAAAGAAAAUGAGGGAUGGAAAAGUGUUCUAAUUUCAUUAAGCAGAAUCAGGAGAUGUUUUGCUUGUCCCUGAUAUCGAUGAAAAUAUAAUUGGUUUUGCUAACUGUCGUUAGUCUUCCUGCUGUAGAAUUUAGUUUAAUUUGGGGAUAUUACUCCUACUUUGGGACCAAAUCAAUAAUGACCAAGUCAUUCCUGAUUCAACUGGAAGUGGAGAAUCUGAAAGGCUGUACCGCAUCUGGUUGGUGUUGCUAAUGUCCGCUUCCUCAGUUUACAGCUCAGUGAUAAAUAAUUGCCCAUUAUAAGAAAUGUGGGGUAAACAUCAGAGCCUCAAGUUUACAGUUCUGUUCGUAAACUGCCCCGCUUUCAGCAUCAUAAUCUCAUGUCCCUGAUUCCUAUUUAUUAAGCAUUACACUACCCAGGAAAUACACUUGCAAAAUGUGAAGAUGAAUGAAACCAAUUAUUUUCAUUUAGAUUCCUCUAAGUGUAUCAUAUGUAAUAGUAUCACUUUUCUAGCUUUUGGUCAAAUAAAUUUUUACAUAAACUAAUUUUA